AUGUGUGAACGUUGCUGUCCAGGAUUUCUGCAGAAGAAGUGGCAACCAACAACCGCUCACAACAACUUCACCUGUGAACCUUGCAACUGUUUUGGACGUUCCGACGAAUGUGUUUAUGAUGAAGAUGUAUUCGUGAACAGCCUCUCGCUUGACAUUCAUGGAAACUACGAAGGCGGUGGCCGUUGUCUUAAUUGUCGAGACUUCACGGAAGGUGUCAACUGCAACAAGUGCGUGUUCGGUUACUAUCGACAGGAUGGCGUUCAGUGGAACGACACAAUGCCGUGCAAACCGUGCAGAUGCGACCCAAGCAAACACACAGGUGACUGCGAAGAAGGCACAGGCAAGUGCUACUGUCAGCCACGAUUCCAAGGAGACAACUGUGAUCAGUGCGCUCCUGGGUACUACGAUCCACCUGAGUGUAAGAAGUGUGAAUGUGCGGUGAGUCCUGAGAACGGCCAGUGCCCGUGCAAACCUGGAUUCGGCGGCACGUUCUGUGAGACAUGCCAACCCGGCUUCACCAACGUCACAGCUGGCUGCAAAGCUGUGCUGUUUCAGAAUGCGUGUGCGACGAGACCGGCUCUGCACACUCGAACUGCUCGGCCACGACUGGCACGUGCGUCUGUAAGGCCAUCGUUCAGCGGCUUACACUGUGACAGCUGUCAGACUGGCUUCUAUGGAUUCCCGAACUGUACCUUUUGCAACUGUGAUCCGGGUUCGCGAACGGAAGUAGUUAGGCAUAAUGCGAUCAGCACUCCGGGCAAUGUAUGUGCAAAGACGGCUUCGUUGGCGAGAAAUGCGAUCAGUGCGACAUCGGCUACUAUGGAUAUCCUAAUUGUAAAGAGUAUUUUUCGCUUUUCAGAAUGCAACUGUAUGGGAGCCGGUGCUAAAGCCCUGGAAUGCGACGCGACGUCUGGCCAAUGCCCGUGCUACGCCAACUUCACUGCCAGAACCUGCGACAAAUGUGCCGUCGGGUUUUAUGACUAUCCCAACUGUAAAGCGUGCAGCUGUCUAAUCGAUGGUGCUAAGGGACAGGCGUGUGAUAGCAAGGGACAGUGUUACUGUAAAGGGAACUUCGAGGGAGAACGAUGCGAUCGAUGCAAGCCGAACUUCUACAAUUUCCCUGCCUGCGAGGAGUGCAAUUGCCAUCCAGCUGGAGUAACGCCAGAUUUUGCAGGAUGCGACAAGGUACAACCAGGAGAACUCUGUUCGUGCAGGAAGAAUGUCGAUGGUAGAAUUUGUGAUCAGUGUAAACCGACCUUCUGGGAUCUGCAAUACCAUCAUUCUGAUGGAUGCAUUGUGACGGGUCAAUGCCUCUGCAAACGCAACGCCGCAGGACGGCAAUGUGAAAAAUGCGCUGAUGGCUUCUAUAACCUGGAGGGCUUCAACCAACUAGGUUGCGAACUCCCAAUAGAACAUCUGCCCGAGAUCAUUGGCCCAGCGUCUUAUGUUCAGACCGGAGACGACAACAAGGUUAUUGAGGCAACUAUUGAAGUACCGGAGGACUAUGACUACGCAGUAGUCGUGGAAUAUCAUAACCACAAGAAAACCCAACUGCCCAUUACCGUCGAGCUGGUUCAGGAGGGAAAUGUGAAACUGAACGGCAGUAUAACUAUCCAUAGCUGUCCUUUUGCUACGUUCUGCCGUGAAGUGGUAUCGGAAGGCGGUAAAGUGGCCACAAUACCGUUGACUAAGGGACCGGCCACCGUUCAAUUGCAUGUGCCGCCGUCAGCUGACUUUGGCCUUGCUGCUAUAAACCUCAUCGCCAAGAAUGAAUGGAACAACGAGUAUCUUCAACAGGUGCCGGUAUGCGUGCGCAAGGAUGGCCGAUGUGUUCCUCAACAGUAUCCACCUGCUGGAAAUUCAAUUGUGGCAGAGGCCGAAGCUGGUCAAGUCAGUUAUAUGCCUUGUUGGGAGAAUCCAAUCUCUGGUGAGAAACUGCCAUUCCCAAUCGCAAAUCCUAAAGAUGUGGUCGUCAUGCCGUUGGAUGAGAGCCAGGUAAACGUAAUUUUGACUAUCUGA